GCAAUGGCCGACAAGGAGAAGCCGGAGGCUGAGGAGGAGGAGUACGAGAGCGACCUCGACGACGCGCCCCUCUCCGCGUUGUGGCGCCGCGACGCUGCGAGCGACGACGAGGGCGAGGACGAGGAUGAGGACGGAGGGACGCCCUUGAGGCGGAGGAAAGCCGGAUUCGAUGCAGAUUCCGACGGGCAGGGCGCCGCCGAGGUUUACGACGAGGAAGGCGAGGAGGAGUACGGGGGGUUCGAAGCAGAGGACGGCGGAGUGCGCGGGGUGGCUGCCGAAGCGGUUGCCGGUGCGGGGCAGGAGGGGGGCGAGGCUGGGGAUGGGGAAGUUGAAAAGGCGGGUGAGGCAGCGCCACAGGAUGAAGAGGAGGACAAGAAGGGGAACGAGCCCUACGCUGUUCCGACGACCGGCGCCUUCUACAUGCACGACGACCGCUUCCAGGAGGGCCGGGGCCGUGGACGUGGCCGUGGGCGCCAAAGGAGAAUGGUGAACAGUAGAAGGUUGUGGAGUCCUAAAGACGAGCAAGCCUGGGUCCAUGACAGAUUUGAUGAGAUGGAUCUGCGUGAUUUUCAUGGUGACAAUCCAAAAAGAAAGCAGGGAGGUGGUUUUAGAGGACGUGAUGGUGGACAAGGUGGUAGAACUCGUGGCAUUAGCCGUGGUAACUUCAGAGGCAACAGAGCUAGAACAUACUAUCAUGAUGGCAGCAAGAACUACAGCUAUGUUCCAAAGGAAUCUCAUGCAUACCAUGAUAACACCAAGAAUGCCCGUCAUUCUUCAUACUCUAAUGGGAAAAAUAGAGUUCCAAAACCAUCUCGUGAUCACUAUGAUGAUGUUAAAGGUUAUGACACUGUCCCAAAUGAAUCUCGCACUUACUAUGGUGAUGCUAAGGGUCAAAAGAAUGCACCAAGAGUAGUUCAAGGAAGAGGCUCCAAGCAUUACCAACCACGCUUGAAAAAUAUCACUGAUGUAUCUUCAGUGCAAAAUACCAAAUCUCUGACUCUUGAAGACACUUCGUCAAAUGCAAACUUGGGAAAAGACCGAACUCAAGGAUCAAAUUCGCGACUUGAACAAGUCCUUCCUACUAAGCAGGCUGUUGCAUCAAACUUGAAUUCAGCUUCACCACCAUUUUAUCCUGCAAGGUCAUCCAAUCAAGAGUUCCCAGUUGUUCAAGGAGGGAAUGCACAACUUAGUAAUAACCUACUGAGAGGGAAGGCCUUUGUACCAUCAGUUGGACAUGUUGAAGCUGCAUUGAAUGGCAUGAAUAAACCUUCACUGCUUCCAGCAUCAUCAUCAUCAAAUGGUCCAUUUCCUUUAGCCACUGAUCAAGUCAAUAGAGACUAUGGGCAGCCUGCACAUCCAAUUGUUCAACAAAACUCAGUUCAAUCCCCUACACAAUCUGCACCCAGGAUGCCUGCCCAGAUGUUUGGUGCAAAAUUCAGCAAUAGCAGUAAAAUAUCACCAGCACAACCUACAACUAUUCUGGGUGAUGACACUGAAAUUUCUUCACCUAGUGGAUCAAACAAAUAUGAUUCUCGGUUAACAAUUAAGGGGCAACCUGAUGACCAAGGAACAGAGCAUUCUUCGUUUCUCCGUGGUGGGGCUCAUGUUCUUGGGGCUACAGGUGCAAUGGGCAUUAAACUUGGUGAUCAAAAUUUCCAUGGUACCCCAGCAUUGCUGCCAGUUAUGCAGUUUGGAGGUCCGCGACCAGUUGGGCGCGGUGUUCCUUCAAUCGGUAUGGCUCUGCCAGGAUUUGUGUCUCAACAACAACUUGGUCUCAAUAAUAAUUCUGAGAUGACCUGGCUACCAAUAUUGACUGGUGCCUCUGGAGCUCUAGGAGCACCUUAUGGUUCCCCUUAUAUAGCCAUGGAUGGAAGUUAUUACUCUCGACAAUCUGAACAAGCAUCUUCAUCAGUUUCUAUUAGAGAACCUAGUGCAAAUAAUGCUUCUUCUCUGUUGAAGUCCCAAGAAAUAACAGAGGUUGCAAGUGAUGAAAUAACUCAACGCCAAAAUAAGCCUCGUCGAUACUCGGAGAUGAACUUUGGCCAAUGAACAUAGCUGUGACCAGUGAGGAUUCAUUGGAGCUUAGGACCCAAGUAAGACCUGUGCAAGAGACCCAAGCCUUACUAAGUCCUUGCAACAUCUCACUGUCUGAUGUCUAGCACUUUCGGCUAUCUUGUAACUCCCAAAAUGCCAGGCUUGACAGUUGAAGGUGUUGCAACCAUAUCAGUAUGAUCAUUUGCUGUGAUUAUUCUGAAGGGCUAGUGUUGUUACACUAUGAGGUGAGAUUUACAUGGUACUCCACUUCACCGCAAUAUCAGACGUCGUAUCAGCAUACUGCAUAUGGGGGAGGUCUUGAUGGAAAUCGUGAGAGGUCUCCGUGCUGUAAAGCUCGUGUUCCAUCGUACAUCAGUCUGUGUACUUUUGGGUGUGCGCUUGCUUUGCUUCUGUGCCUCUGCCUUCAGCUCGGUGGCACUCGGCUGACAUGCAUCCGUUAUAUUUACUUGUUAUAUCUGAUCCGAUGUAUUGAAGAUGGUUAGUAGAGCAUGAUUUACGGUGGUGAAUCUUGCUUUGGUCGUGUUGAC